AUGGCCGCCAUGCAAGCUGCACUCGUGCCUUUCCAUCAGGCACUGGCCAGUGGCCUUGCGCAACCCGUCGCAGACUUCUUCAGUCCAGUCGCACCCGCGCAUGACCCUGGCCGGCUAUACGACUUCUACCGCGCAUCCAGCGACGAGAAGAUUGAAGGCGAUGUUGUUUAUGCGCUCGAACAGCGAAUGAACCCCAAAAAGGCCAAGGCUUCUCCCUGGGUUGAUAUCAUUGCUACUUAUUGGCGCGCUGUCAAAGAGAUCAUCAAGACCGACGAAGCAGCAAAUCAGGGCAAGCUGAAUGAGCGUCAAUACCUGGCAGUGUACGAUACGUGGAAGGACCUGACGAGCAUCUUCAUCAAGCACAUAUCUGGUGGACUGCUACCAGCAUGGGCCAUAUUCACCCUGUACUUCACUGCAAAUCAUCUUAGGAAGAUAGCAAUCAAAGCAGACGAGCAAUUGGCCAAGUCGAAACCAGCAGCUCUCAACACCGGCUACUCAGACGAUAUCGUGAGCACAGCACCUCAGAAUCAGAAGCUUGAAGAAGCUGCGCGGGUAUUCAACAGGAUCUUUGCCCUUUGUCUUGGUGACAGGAACCCCGACAUGUCACAAUCGCGAAAGUGGGGUGUAUAUUGCAUAGCCAAUCUUCAGUUCAAGACGUAUUUCAAAUUGAAAGCAAUCAGCUUAUCCAAGAACGUUGUACGAUCGAUCGAAGCACAGUCCGACCUACCUACAUUCGAGCUAUACCCGCGAGCGCAUAGAGUCACAUACAAAUACUAUCUUGGGGUGCUGGCGUUCCUGCAGGAAGACUACGCCAAGGCAGAAAGCAGCUUGCAGCAGGCGUGGGAAUCUUGCUGGUCAAAGUCGCAACAAAACAAAUCCCUACUCGCCGAAGCCCCUCGUCUAGAACGCAUUUUCGGCCCCCUCGUAUCCUGCAUAAAACGAGGCGAUCUUACGGGCUUCGACAAGGCACUGGCAGAAGGCGAGCCCGAGUUUGUCAGGCGGCGCAUCUUCCUUACUCUGGAGCGGAGCCGCGACAUCGCUUUGCGCAACCUUCUCCGAAAGGUUUACCUUGCUGGUGGCUUUGACGAUCUCAAAGAAGGACAGACGGAGAAGGACCGGAUACGGAAGUCGCGAGUACCGCUAGCAAACUUUGCCGCCGCGCUCAGGAUGGGUAUUGCAGGCGAAGGCAGCGGCCAAGCAGUGGAGGACGACGAGGUCGAGUGCCUAUUGGCAAACCAGAUUUACAAGGGUCUGAUGAAAGGCUAUAUCUCGCGCGAACACGGCAUGGUAGUCAUGAACAAGAAGGGCGCAUUCCCGGGAACAGGGGUCUGA